AUGGCAGACUCAGCUCAAAGCGGUAUUUCUAUCGCCGAGCUGAAGGCGGAGAUUGAGAGACUUAGCCGUGAGCUGGACCAAGCAAGUAGUGAGAAGAUACAGUCAGCUCAGCUGGGACUGGUACUGCUCGAAGAGAAAAGUUCCCUUCAACAGCGAUGCGACGAGCUCGAAAGCCUCUACGAAAACACGAAACACGAUUUGGAGAUCACACAGGAGGCUUUAAUGAAACUUGACACAACUCAAAAGGAGACAACACAAAGUGGUAUAGAACAAGAAAAUGCAUUACUCAAUGAGUCUGCGGCUAUGGAAAGCUCCCUCACACUACAGAUAAUAGAGCUUGAAGGUGAAACUAAACAGCUACGCCAUGAAUUAGAACGUGUAAUAAGUGAAAGAGAUAGGUUAUUAGCGGAGAGUUCGGAACUGGGCGCUGACAAAGCGACAAGGGAGUCGGAACGAGCCGCCCUCAGAGCUGAGCUCAGAGAGGCCAGGCAGAGAGAGCAGAGGUUACUUCUAGACAUUGGCGAUUUGGAAGACGAAAAUAUAUCCCUACAGAAACAAGUUUCCGCUCUACGAUCCUCGCAAGUCGAAUUUGAAGGCUUAAAACAUGAAGUUAGACAAUUGCGUGAAGAAGCAGAGAACGCCCGUGCAGCGGCCGAAGAGAUGGCUGCACUCAGACGUAUCGCAGAGAGACAGCUGGCCGAAGCGCUCGAAGCGCUGCAGGCGGAGAGAGAAGCCAAGUUCGCCGCCAAGAAGGAACUCGACGCCCACCUUAGCAGAGAAGCAGCUUAUAAUAUCACGAAUCUGGCGUACAGUAUACGAGGUAUGCCGGAUGACGGCGGCGACGAGGAAGGCGAAGCGGGCGGCUCCGGCGGCGCCGACCUGGCCGUGGACCAUCACGCCGACCUCUUCUCGGAGGUGCAUCUGCACGAGAUAUCGAGACUCGAGAAGCAGCUGGAGCAGGCCCACAACGAGAACGGUCAACUCUCGUCUUCUCUACGCACUGCGCAGACGACGGCGGAAACCGAGAGCGCGGCCGCGACGGCCUUGAGGACAGGCCUCGUGCGCCUCGCCUCGAGGCUCAGCGCCCUGCGGCACUUGCACGGCGAGUGCGGGCCUCUCGACGAAGAGAAGAGCGAGGGCGGCGUGAGCGCCCGGGCGGCGAAAUGGCUGACGUGGUGGCGCGUGUCGGGCGGCGAGGUGGGAGCGCUCAGCGACUCGUUGGCCGAGCUGAUGGCCGCGCAGAUCGCGGCGGACGCCUCGCCGGCCGCUCUGCAGCGCCAGGCGCUGGCGCAGCUCAGCGAUCGCGUGGCCGAAGCCGAGCUGCGCUGCUCCGCGCUGCAGGCCGAGGCGGAGCUGAUGAGAACCAUCGCGGGAGGUGCGGGCCGCGCGCUCGCGUCGGCGGCGCCCGCCCUCACGUCGGCCGCCGAGACGCUGGCGCAGCUCUACCACCACGUGUGCGCCGUCAACGGCACCCAGCCCGAGAGGCUGCUGCUGGAGCACGCGCACCAGACGGACGGUCCCAACGCCGAAGGCCGGGGCGUCGACGAGGAGGCUCUGGCGCUGGCGGCCGGGGAACUGGAGGGUCUCCGGGCCGCCGGCAGCGUGGCGAGAUACGCCGACACGCUGCUGGAUCAGCUCACGCAUCUCCGAGCGGCGCUCGACACGGCGCUCGACUCCAGGCAUAGGCAUCAACCCGUGAUGGAAGCCGAAGAGCGCGGGGCGGAAUUGGCAGAGCUCCAAGAGCAAGUGAUCAAACUGAAGUCCCUGUUGUCGACGAAACGCGAGCAGAUCGCGACCCUGCGAACCGUUCUCAAGUCCAACAAAAACACCGCGGAAGUGGCUCUCGCCAACCUCAAGUCCAAGUACGAGACGGAGAAGACCAUCGUCACGGAGACCAUGCUCAAGCUGAGAAACGAGCUGAGGCUGCUCAAGGAGGACGCGGCGACUUUCUCAAGUCUACGCGCCAUGUUCGCGGCGCGAUGCGAAGAGUACGUGACCCAAGUGGACGAGCUGACGCAGGCCCUCACCAGCGCCGAGGAGGAGAAGAAGACCCUCAACCAGCUCCUGCGUCUCGCCGUCCAGCAGAAGCUCUCUCUCACGCAGAGGCUGGAGGAGCUCGAGGUGGACCGCGAGAUGCGCACGCGCCGCGUGCCCAAGGCGGGCGGGCCGGCCCGGGCGCGCCCUCGAGACUUCUAG